CGGAAACGGCAUAUAACGUUUCGACACACGUUUCAAACUACCGGAGCGAAUGGCGAUGAAGUGGUUGCGUCUUUCGUUCUUUUUCUUGUGGAUUUUUUCGCUACAUCGCGUUACGGCUGGCGACAGCGGUGUAAAGAAGAUGAAGAUGCAGUUUGCUACGGGGCCCUUGCUUAAAUUUCAAAUUUGCAUUUCCUGAGGGUACAAGCGGGUGUUUGAGGAGUACACGCAGGCCUUGUACCAGCGGUACCCAGACAUCCGCAUUGAAGGGGAGAAUUAUCUUCCUCUGCCCAUCUACCGACACAUUGCUUCUUUCCUUUCUAUGUUAAAACUGCUGGUGAUUGGGCUCAUUAUUGUCGGCAGGGACCCGUUCGCCCUCUUUGGUAUGCAAGCCCCUGGCAUCUGGGAAAUGGGCCAGGGAAAUAAGAUAUACGCCUGUAUGAUGGUGUUUUUCUUCAGCAAUAUGAUUGAAAACCAGUUAAUGUCGACUGGAGCUUUUGAAAUCACAUUAAACGAUGUACCAGUGUGGUCAAAACUGGAGUCUGGUCACCUGCCCUCCAUGCAGCAGCUUGUUCAGAUCCUGGACAACGAAAUGAAGAUGAACACGAUGCCACACCACCAUUCGUAACGCUGCUGUGCACUUCUGACUGGAGCUGAACGCCCCUCAAUGUUUGAGGUGGGUUUCUCACCGGGCUGUGAAGUGAUGUUUAUGAAGGUCUGUGCUGAAAGCAGCGAGACCGCUAGCACAGACUGGAUGUCCCCAUCUUUCUUCACCAUGCCCCUUAGAGACUUCCCACCCCUCACGCCAGAGCGGGAUCCUCAGCAUCAGCACCGGCUGUUCUGUCAUCUUCCUGUACUAUCCGUAAUCCUGCAGAGUUUCCUGGUGCGACGUUUGAUUUGAAGCAGUCCCGUGGACGUCCUCGGUCCCGUAUUGGAGAGAUCUAACAGUGAACCUUGUAGUCUUACAGUUGUUUUCACGUGUAUCACUGAACCAUAUGUAGAAAUUUAUUUCCAAAAAUAGUACAAAAUGUAACGCACAAUAUUUCAGCAUCGUUAACAUUGCAGGGUUUUCUUUCUUCUUUUUUGUCUGAUUUGUGAGUAAUUUUUUAUAUUUACAAAUCUUUGAAGCUAAGAAAGGUUAAUAAAUGAUUAUAACUAUUUAA